AUGUCCGGUGCAAGGCAUUGGGAGCAGGAUAAAGAGGCCACCGUCUACAUUGGGAACCUUGAUGAAAGGGUCACAGAUAGCCUGGUAUGGGAGUUGAUGCUGCAGGCAGGGCGCAUCGUUAAUGUUCACCUGCCAAAAGAUCGAGUCACACAGUCCCACCAAGGUUACGGGUUUGUUGAAUUCAUCAGCGAAGAGGAUGCAGAAUACGCAUCCCGAAUAAUGAACGGCAUCCGUUUAUAUGGGAAACCAAUACGCGUGAACAAAGCGUCUGCUGACAAGCAGAAGUCGGUGGAAAUCGGCGCGGAACUUUUUGUUGGGAACCUUGACCCCAUGGUCACGGAGCAAGUCCUUUAUAAUACAUUCAGUCGAUUUGGGAACUUGAUCAAUUUACCAAAGGUAAUGUCGACUAUCCGCCCUUAA